AAUGCUCCACGAUCCCACGAAACGUGUCUCUCUAACUUCAAUCUUCCUCAUUAAUUCUCAGAUUCUACUUCAACAAAUUCCCAUUUUAUUCAUCUCUCAGCUUUAAUCUAUUGAGUACUUUCAUUUCUGAUUUUUGUUAAGCAACAGAGCAAAUCAGCAAAUUGUAAAUGCUUGGCUAAAAGCUUAUCUGUGAGACUUUGGGUUUUUCAUUGUUUAGCUCUGGAAAAAAUAAAAGUCAGAAUCUUAUUACUCUUUUAAAGCUUUAGAUUUCGAGACGAGAAUUUAAAACGACCAAGUUCGGGAUAUUCGUUUCUUCUUCUACUUUCGUCUCUUCCUCUUCCUUCUCCUAAAGGGGUUUUAUUCCGUCAAAAACCCCUUUUUUGAGAAGGUAAAAAGGCAUAAACAGAGAGAUCGCCAAAUUCAUGAAACAGGGUUCGAUGAAUAGAUCGUGUCUCUGUAGUGUCUUGAUCGCCACUGCUCUGAUUUGUGGUGCUUACUUCAUUGGCAACGCUUAUCUUGAUAAAGAAAUUAAAGAGAAAUUGCUAAGAUGGAAAAUCACUGAUAAGAUGCAUAAUACCACUGAUAAGAUGCGUAACAACACUGAUAAGAUGCAGAACGCAAGAUCCGGUACAUGCGAGAAUCUCAAUAAGCCAUUGGGUACUGAUGCAUUACCGCAAGGAAUUAUCGCCAAAACAUCAAACUUGGAGACGCAACAUCUAUGGAACUACGGUGACACAAAAAAGGGGAAUCCGAAUCGUUCGAUGAGUUUGUUAGCCAUGGCUGUUGGAAUCAAGCAAAAGGAGCUAGUCAACAAAGUUAUCCAAAAGUUUCCUCCUCGAGAUUUCGUGGUCAUGCUUUUUCAUUACGAUGGUGUUGUCGAUGAUUGGAAGCAGUAUCCAUGGAAUGAGCAAGCAAUUCAUGUUUCUGUGAUGAAUCAAACUAAAUGGUGGUUCGCUAAACGAUUCUUGCAUCCUGAUAUAGUUGCAGAUUAUGAGUAUAUAUUUCUUUGGGACGAAGAUCUUGGUGUUGCUCAUUUCAGUCCUCGAAAAUAUCUAUCUAUUGUCAAAGAAGAAGGUCUUGAGAUAUCGCAACCGGCUCUGGACACUACAAAAUUAGAAGUGCAUCAUCCUAUAACCGCUCGUCGCAAGAACUUAAAAGUUCACAGGCGGAUGUAUAAAAACAAAGGUAGUGGGCGAUGUGAUGACCAUAGCACCAAUCCUCCCUGCAUCGGGUGGGUAGAAAUGAUGGCACCUGUUUUCUCUAGAGCAGCAUGGAGAUGUUCUUGGUAUAUGAUUCAGAACGAUUUGAUCCAUGCUUGGGGUUUGGAUAUGCAGCUUGGAUAUUGUGCUCAAGGUGAUCGGAAGAAGAAUGUAGGUGUUGUUGAUGCAGAGUACAUAGUUCAUUAUGGUCUUCCCACACUCGGUGUGGUUGAGACAGCUUUAAGCUCUGUGAAGAAUGAGACAAACGCGAAAUCAUCAAUUUCACUGGAAUCAUCAGAGUCACAUGAAGUGGAUAAUAGACCAGAAGUGAGGAUGAAAUCAUUUGUAGAGAUGAAGAGAUUCAAGGAACGUUGGAAGAAAGCUGUCAAGGAUGAUAGAUGUUGGGUCGAUCCGUAUUGAAAUUUGAAACUCAGGCGGUUUAAGUAUACCGAACUAAACCGGAUUACCUUUCACAGAUAGUGUUGAGUAUGUUUUGUAGUCCAAUGUAUACCAUUAUUUUGGUACAUAGAUUGUGUUUUACUGGUGGGACAAAGUUCAGUGUACUUGUGUAUUCUGUGAGUAGAUUUAUUUAUUUUAUUUUUUGUAAUAUCUUAUACAAUUUUUUUUGUACUUGUUAAAUAUUUGAUGGUUAGAAAUCCAGUUG